UAGUAAUUUGUUUUUUAAAUGACCCGAGAGGUAUUCAGUCUUUUCUGUUACUUCGUUUUCAGGGGCCUGAUCAUCAUAUUUUCCCGCCAUUGUCUGAGAUAAAACAAAACCAACACCAUGGGUGAUGGUGAGAUGUCGGUGUUUGGUGCGGCUGCACCCUACCUCCGUAAAGGUGAGAAGGAAAGACUGGAGGCCCAGAACAAACCUUUUGAUGCCAAGAACACCUGCUACGUAGAUGAUGCAAAGGAACUCUACGUAAAAGGUUUAGUCACCGCUCGUGAAGAUGGAAAGCUCACAGUCAAGACGGACGAUGGGAGGACUUUAACAGUCAAAGAAAGCCAAGUUUACCCCCAGAAUCCUCCUAAGUACGAUAAAAUUGAAGACAUGGCGAUGAUGACUCACUUGAAUGAAGCCUCUGUGCUGUAUAACCUCAAAGAACGUUACGCAGCUUGGAUGAUCUACACAUACUCUGGGCUUUUCUGCGUCACUGUCAACCCCUACAAGUGGCUGCCAGUGUACAACCCUGAGGUUGUUGAGGGCUACAGAGGCAAGAAGCGUAUGGAAGCCCCACCACACAUCUUCUCCAUCUCUGAUAACGCUUAUCAGUUUAUGCUUACAGAUCGUGAAAAUCAGUCUGUCUUGAUUACGGGAGAAUCUGGUGCUGGAAAGACUGUCAACACCAAGCGUGUCAUCCAGUACUUUGCAACAAUUGCAGCUAUUGGUGACUCUAAGAAGAAGGAGUCCAGCGCCAUAAAGGGUAAUCUGGAAGAUCAAAUCAUCCAGGCUAACCCACUGCUGGAAGCCUUUGGUAAUGCCAAGACUGUGAGAAAUGACAACUCCUCUCGUUUUGGUAAAUUCAUCAGAAUCCACUUUGGUACCACUGGAAAACUGUCUUCAGCUGAUAUUGAAACAUAUCUGCUGGAGAAGUCCAGAGUAACAUUCCAGCUGUCAGCUGAAAGAAGCUACCACAUCUUCUACCAGAUCAUGACAAACCAUAGACCAGAGGUUGUAGAGAUGCUUCUUGUGACCACCAACCCAUACGACUAUCCCUUAAUCAGCAUGGGUGAAAUCGUUGUGAAGAGUAUUGAUGAUACAGAGGAGUUCAUCGCCACAGAUACUGCCAUUGACAUCCUGGGAUUCACCCCAGAAGAAAAGAAUGGCAUCUACAAGUUGACUGGUGCAGUCAUGCAUCACGGCAACUUGAAGUUCAAGCAGAAACAGAGGGAGGAGCAGGCCGAGCCAGACGGCACUGAAGUUGCUGACAAGAUUGCUUAUCUGAUGGGUUUCAACUCUGCUGAUAUGCUGAAGGCUUUGUGCUACCCCAGAGUAAAGGUCGGCAAUGAGUUUGUCACCAAGGGACAAACUGUAAAUCAGGUCUACAACUCUGUUGGUGCCCUCGGCAAAUCCGUUUUUGAGAAACUCUUUUUGUGGAUGGUCACUCGUAUCAACCAGCAGCUUGACACCAAGCAGCCAAGACAGUUCUAUAUUGGUGUGCUGGAUAUUGCUGGAUUUGAAAUCUUUGAUUUCAACAGCUUGGAACAGCUCUGUAUCAACUUCACAAAUGAGAAGUUGCAGCAGUUCUUCAACCACCACAUGUUCGUCCUGGAACAAGAGGAAUACAAGAAGGAAGGUAUUGACUGGGAGUUCAUUGACUUUGGUAUGGACUUGGCUGCCUGCAUUGAGCUUAUUGAGAAGCCUAUGGGCAUCUUCUCCAUCCUUGAAGAGGAGUGCAUGUUCCCCAAGGCCACUGACACAUCCUUCAAGAACAAGCUGUAUGAGCAGCAUCUUGGCAAGUGCAAAAACUUUGAAAAGCCCAAACCUGGCAAAGGAAAGGCUGAGGCUCACUUCUCUCUUGUGCACUAUGCUGGUACUGUGGAUUACAACAUCUCUGGCUGGCUUGACAAGAAUAAGGAUCCAUUGAAUGAAUCUGUUAUCCAGCUGUACCAGAAAUCUUCAAUGAAACUGCUGGCCUUCCUGUACUCCAGCUACAAUGCGGUUGAUGAUGCUGGCAGUGGUAGCAAAGGUGGUGGAAAGAAGAAGAAGGGUUCCUCCUUCCAGACUGUGUCUUGUCUGUUCAGGGAAAACUUGAACAAGCUAAUGACCAACUUGAGAAGCACUCACCCUCACUUUGUGCGUUGUCUGAUCCCCAAUGAGACCAAAACUCCAGGUACUAUGGAAAACCAACUGAUCAUUCACCAGCUGAGAUGUAAUGGUGUACUGGAGGGUAUCAGAAUCUGCAGAAAGGGAUUCCCCAGCAGAAUAAUCUAUGCUGACUUUAAGCAACGUUACAAGGUGCUGAACGCCAGUGCAAUCCCAGAUGGUCAGUUUAUUGACAGCAAGAAAGCAGCAGAAAAACUCUUGGGUUCUAUUGAUGUCGACCAUACUCAGUACAAAUUUGGCCACACCAAGGUAUUCUUCAAAGCUGGUCUCCUGGGUACACUGGAAGAGAUGCGAGAUGACAAGUUGGCACAACUUAUCACUCGUACUCAGGCUCUUUGCAGAGGUUUCUUGAUGAGAGUUGAGUUCAAGAAGAUGAUGGAAAGAAGGGAAGCCAUCUUUGUCAUCCAGUACAAUAUCAGAUCAUUCAUGAAUGUCAAACACUGGCCAUGGAUGAAAUUGUACUUCAAGAUUAAGCCUCUCCUGAAGAGUGCAGAAACUGAGAAAGAGAUGGCAAAUAUAAAAGAGGUGUUUGAAAAGACCAAGGAAGCUCUGGCAAAGUCAGAGGCCAAGAAGAAAGAACUAGAGCAGAAAAUGAUUUCCCUGGUGCAGGAGAAGAAUGACCUAUUGCUCCAAGUCCAGUCGGAAUCUGAGACUUUGGCCGAUUCUGAGGAAAGAUGUGAAGGCCUCAUCAAGAACAAGAUUCAACUGGAAUCAAAGCUCAAGGAACUCAACGAGAGACUUGAAGAUGAAGAAGAAAGCAAUGCUGAGCUGACAGCCAAGAAAAGGAAAUUGGAAGAUGAAUGCUCAGAGCUGAAAAAAGACAUUGAUGAUUUGGAGCUUACCCUGGCUAAAGUAGAGAAGGAAAAGCAUGCCACAGAAAACAAGGUGAAAAACCUAACUGAAGAAUUGGCAUCACUCGAUGAAAAUGUCUCCAAACUCACCAAAGAGAAAAAAGCUCUUCAGGAGGCUCAUCAGCAAACCCUUGAUGAUCUGCAGGCUGAGGAAGACAAAGUUAGCGCUUUAACCAAGGCCAAGACAAAGCUGGAACAGCAAGUUGAUGAUCUCGAGGGCUCCCUGGAACAAGAAAAGAAGCUUCGUCUUGACUUGGAAAGAACAAAGAGAAAGCUGGAAGGUGACCUGAAACUAACCCAGGAAAUAGUACUAGACCUUGAAAAUGACAAGCAGCAAGCUGAUGAAAAAUUGAAAAAGAAAGAAUUUGAAGUCAGCCAGCUGCAAGGAAAGAUCGAUGAUGAACAGUCCUUGGGAUCUCAGCUGCAGAAGAAGAUCAAAGAACUUCAGGCUCGUAUUGAAGAACUUGAGGAGGAAAUUGAAGCUGAGAGGGCAGCUCGGGCCAGGACUGAGAAACAGAGAGCUGAUAUCUCUAGAGAACUUGAAGAAAUCAGUGAAAGACUUGAAGAAGCUGGCGGUGCAACAUCUGUCCAGAUUGAGAUGAACAAGAAGCGUGAAGCUGAAUUCCAGAAACUAAGACGUGACUUGGAAGAAGCUACUCUUCAGCAUGAAGCCGUUGCUUCUGCUCUGCGCAAGAAGCAUGCUGACAGUGUUGCUGAGCUUGGGGAACAGAUUGACAACCUGCAGCGUGUUAAACAAAAGCUGGAGAAAGAGAAGAGUGAACUGAAGAUGGAGGUUGAUGACCUCUCCAGCAACCUGGAAAACAUCUCUAAAUCCAAGGCCAACCUUGAGAAAGUCAACCGUGUUCUUGAGGACCAACUCAGUGAAAUUAAGACUAGGGAUGAUGAACACCUGCGUCAACUUAAUGAUUUCACUACCCAGAAAGGUCGUUUGCAGACAGAAAACGGUGAGCUGUCUCGUCAGCUUGAGGAGAAAGAAUCUCUGAUCUCUCAGCUCUCAAGAGGAAAGCUGGGCUUCACACAGCAAGUUGAGGAACUCAAGAGACAACUUGAAGAAGAAUCAAAGGCCAAGAAUGCCCUUGCUCAUGCCCUGCAAUCUUCCCGUCAUGAUAAUGACUUGCUCCGUGAGCAAUAUGAGGAGGAACAAGAAGCCAAAGCUGAAUUCCAGCGUUCUCUGUCCAAAGCUAAUGGUGAAGUUGCCCAGUGGAGGACCAAAUAUGAAACUGAUGCCAUUCAGCGCACAGAGGAGCUGGAAGAUGCCAAGAAGAAGCUGGCUCAGCGUUUGCAGGAUGCUGAAGAACAAGUGGAGGCUGUGAACUCCAAGUGUGGCUCAUUGGAAAAGACCAAGCAGAGGUUGCAAUCUGAGGUGGAGGACCUCAUGGUUGACGUUGAGAGAGCAAAUAGUGCAGCAGCUUCUCUUGACAAGAAGCAGAGGAACUUUGAUAAGGUCCUGGUAGAGUGGAAGCAGAAGUAUGAGGAGGGUCAGGCUGAACUAGAAGCUACACAGAAGGAGGCUCGUACCCUGAGCACUGAAAUCUUCAAGUUGAAGAACUCAUAUGAAGAGGCUCUGGAUCAAGUUGAAACCCUAAAACGCGAAAACAAAAACUUGCAACAGGAGAUCUCAGAUCUGACUGAACAGAUUGGUGAGAGUGGAAAGUCCAUCAAUGAACUGGAGAAGGCCAGGAAGCAGGUUGAACAGGAAAAGAGUGACCUUCAGGCUGCUCUGGAGGAAGCUGAGGGAUCAUUGGAACAUGAAGAAGCCAAGAUCCUCCGUGUCCAGCUUGAGCUGAACCAGAUCAAAUCUGAGGUGGACAGGAAGAUUGCAGAGAAGGAUGAGGAAAAUGAACAGCUGAAGAGAAACAGCCAGAGAGCCAUUGACACCAUGCAGAGCACACUGGACUCUGAAAUCAGAAGCAGAAAUGAUGCUCUGAGACUGAAGAAGAAGAUGGAAGGAGAUUUGAAUGAACUUGAGAUCCAACUUAGCCAUGCCAACCGCCAGGCUUCAGAGGCACAGAAACAGCUCAGAAAUGUGCAAGGACAACUGAAGGAAACCCAGCUUCAUUUGGAUGAUUCCUUGAGGGGACAGGAGGACCUGAAGGAACAGGUUGCUGUAACUGAACGCAGAAACAAUCUGCAACAAGCUGAGAUUGAAGAGUUAAGAGCUGCUCUGGAACAGACAGAGAGAUCUCGCAAGUUAGCAGAACAGGAACUUCUGGAUGCCAGUGAACGUCUGCAGCUCUUGCACUCACAGAACACCAGCCUCAUUAACAACAAGAAGAAACAGGAAGGUGACAUUUCCCAACUUCAGAAUGAAGUAGAGGAAGCUGUCCAGGAAGCCAGAAAUGCUGAAGAGAAAGCCAAGAAGGCCAUCACUGAUGCUGCACUGAUGGCAGAAGAGCUGAAAAAGGAGCAGGACACCAGUUCCCACUUAGAGAGGAUGAAGAAGAACCUUGAACAGACUGUGAAGGACCUGCAGCACCGCCUGGAUGAAGCUGAACAGCUGGCACUGAAGGGUGGCAAGAAGCAACUCCAGAAACUGGAGUCCAGAGUACGAGAACUGGAGAAUGAGUUGGAAAAUGAACAGAAACGUGGUGUUGAGGCAAUCAAAGGUGUUCGCAAAUAUGAAAGGAGAGUGAAGGAACUGUCCUACCAGGCUGAGGAAGACAGGAAGAACUCCCUGAGACUCCAGGACCUGGUUGACAAACUGCAGCUGAAGGUCAAGGCCUACAAGAGACAGGCUGAGGAAUCUGAGGAACAAGCCACUGCUCACCUGGGCCGCUUCAGGAAGGUCCAACAUGAGCUUGAAGAAGCUGAAGAGAGAGCCGACAUUGCUGAGUCCCAAGUGAACAAACUCAGGGCUAAGAGCCGCGAUGUUGGUGGAAAGAAAGAAAGCGAAGAGUGAAGAGCGUGAAUGACAGCAGACUGAGGAACUCUCACAAUGGGACUUUCUUAAUCUGAGACCUACCCCCUCCCCUUAUUUCUAAUGAAUAAAUUUCGUAUUUGAUGCUUCUAAAA